UGCCCUCCAGAUGCCAGUUUUGAAAAAAAUCGGACACCAAAAGCAUCUUGCAGACAUUGUCAGGUAUCAUCCAGGGAGAGAAGUAGCCCGGACUUGAGAACUACUCUUGAGAAAAACCAGUGGCUCCCAUUCUGAGGGUUGAGAAUAGGGUUGAUAACCUCUGUGCCUGCACCUCUUGCCUUGUCCUCUUUCAGUUUUCCAUGGUCAGCUGCAGUCUGAAAACAUUACAUAGACACUUGAAGCAGCACGGAAUCCCUCAGUCUUAAGCUGAAUCCCUGCCAAGCAGGUGCACCAUCCCUUUGCCCACAGUAUCCGCACUGUAUCCACCCCCUGUCCUUUAGUCACUUAGUAGCUGUCUCAGUCAUCAGCUGAACUGUCCUGCCACUGCAGGACGUUAGGUAGGUAACCCUUAUGUGCUAGCCUGACACUGUCACAAUGUCUGCGUCAUUCACCUUACUUCAUCUCAUCACAUGGACAUUGCAUCAGCUCACAUCACCGCAGGAGGAAGGUGAUCCUGCCUGUGCCCUUGCGGGUGUAAGCCACUCCUCUGAACGCCCCUCUGUGGUAAAGCUCAUUUCUGCCAGAGUUGGACGCUCUUUCUGGAGGGAUUUUGUAUUCGAAGACAUGGAUCUUGCUGCCAAUGAGCUCAGCAUUUAUGACAAACUCUCAGAGACUGUUGACUUGGUGAGACAGACAGGCCAUCAGUGUGGCAUGUCUGAGAAGGCAAUAGAAAAAUUUAUCAGACAGCUGCUGGAAAAGAAUGAACCUCAGAGGGGGCCGCCCCAGUAUCCUCUCCUUAUAGCUGUGUAUAAGGUCCUUGUAACCCUGGGAUUAAUCUUGCUCACUGCCUACUUUGUGAUUCAGCCUUUUAGCGCCUUAGCACCUGAGCCAGUGCUUUCUGGACCUCACGCCUGGCGCUCACUCAUCCAUCACAUUCGGCUGAUGUCCUUACCCAUUACCAAGAAGUACAUGCCAGAGAAUAAGGGUGUGCCUCUGCCUGGGGGUGAUGAAGACAGACCCAUUCCAGCCCAUCCUCCCUCAGACGUUGACCCCUGGUGGACCAACAGCUGUGAGCAAAAUGAGUCAGACCCUAUCCCCGCCAACUGCACCGGCUGCACCCAGAAGUUACCUCUCCAGGUCGUGCUCCUGGGGGAUGCCCCACAGAAAUUUGAGAGGCUGCAUCCUCUGGUGAUCAAGACGGCACAACCCCUGUCACCUGAAGAGAUCCAGCACAUCUCAUGCCAAUACCCGGAGGCCAUGGAAGGCUUCGCAGAAGGGUUUUUUACCAAGUGGUGGCGCUGCUUCCCAGAGCGCUGGUUCCCAUUCCCAUAUCCCUGGAGAAGUCCGCUGAACACAUCACAAGUUUUGCAUGAGCUUUUUCCUGUUUUCAAACACCUGCCAUUUCCAAAAGAUGCCUCCUUAAAAAAAUGUUUUCUUCUUCACCCUGAACCUGUUACGGGGAGUAAGAUGCACAGGAUGCAUGACCUGUUCACCGUGGGCAGUGGGGAGGCCAUGUUGCAGCUCAUCCCUCCCUUCCAUUGCCGAAGACACUGUCAGUCCGUGGCCAUGCCAAUAGAGGCGGGGGAUAUCGGCACAUUCCCACCCAGGGGUUCCCUGGCCUCGGGAGCCCCGCCACAAGCGUGGACUGCGGGAGAUUCAGAAACAGGAGCCUCAGCACACACACAGCUGUGGCCUCUCUGCUGGCCUGAACCCCUGGGUUUCCUCCUCGGCCAGAGAUCAGCCCUAGAAUGCCUGAGACUGUGUAUGUGUGACCAUGUCCAGCCCACCCCAGCACACAGCAGCCAAUUGAUCCCCUCCCGGGACUGCUGUCCACCUUUGGGGACAAACCUCACUCAUCCCCAGAACAAUCCUCAAGAUCACCUGUGACAGAGCUGGGCCAGCUCAAAAGAUCCUGGGAACAGGAGGAAGCAAGCCAGCAUUUGCCAGCAGACCUCAUGGUCAUGUCCAGUUUGUGGAGAUGCUCUGGCUACGGCCUGCCCCUCGCAGUUGUCAGCCCAGGCCCAUCCUGAGCCUUCUGCACAGGCUCUUGGGGCUAGCCCAGCUCUUCUGAGGUCCAGCUUCCUUCAAGCUAUAGAUGUCAGCAUCAUCACUUCCCCACACCUAUGCAGCCCAGGGUUGAAGAAAACACUGGUUGUUGGGCCCGGCACA